AAGUUCUUAGUUUUAUUAAUAACUACAAAGUUCAAUAACGAAAACUUCAUCAAAUUUUUGCAAUUCAGUAAUUCAGAUGAACAUUUUGAACAAAGUAUUGUUUGUCAGGACGGUAUUUAAAAUUGUGAUAUUAUAUAUUUUUUAGUUUUCAAGUUUACUGCUAAAACUAUUUGUUGGCAGGUUUCAGAAUAUGUGAUUAAAUUGACUAAGAGUUUACAAUUGCUUAUGGUUUAAAUUUAGAAAUAUAUUUUUGUUUAGGUAUUAAAAAAAAUGUUUAUUUGCUGGUGGGGAAACCGUUUAAAAUCGAUAUUGGCAAAUAAACUUAUUGGCGUCUCCGCUGAUAGCCAUGGAAACAGAACGCAUUGUUUAUGGAUACCCCGGCUUUUGUCGGCAUACUCGAUACUCAGAGUUUAUUUUAACGGCAGCAAUGAGCGCCACAACACGUACUGGAUUGGUUCCCACGCCCAAGAGGCAUGUCAAGUAUCUCAAAAAGCGCAAAAAUCAUCACGGCGAUGUCUCGCGAAUGCCGCUCAAGUUUGAGGCCACGCCCAUGCCGCUUUCGUUACGCCCCUUUGGCGGACUCUUUAAUCCGUUUGCCAAGGGAUGCUCGGUGCUGUGCAACCAUCCGGCUCCAUCAGGGGUUAAGGAUGUGAUCAAUCAGCUGAAGACAUCGCUGGCGAUUGAGGGCAAAAGUCAGCAGAAACCAGACAAGAUUCCCGAGGAGGCGGAACUGCAACCACAUGAGACGGAUAACAUUCCGGAGGAUCUGUUCCGGCGCUAUGCGGAAACGGACUCGCGGCCAAUGACGCCAACUCCCACGGUGACAAGUAUCCAUACCAGAACCAGUGCCGGCUCCUUUUAUCGCCGCUGCAUAACGCCCGAAUGGGGCAAACAUGAGAACAUUAAGCGGAAGAAAAUCAUAUUGGAUCUCAGGCGAUCCCACUCCCAGGAGACGCUCUACUGGAAGCCCAGUUCGGAGCUGACCCAAAGCGGCUUGGAGGAGGACAAAAAGCCCAAGAGUGCCGGGGCCAACGAUGACAAGAAGCCAAAGAGGCAGCCGUCCAACGAGCAAAGGCCCAAAUCCUCGCUGGCCACUGCAAACCUGGCUCCGGGAGGAGAUGCCACCAGUGAGCUGGAGGCCAAGCCCAAGACCUGCAUCAAUGAGCACGAGCUGAGCGACGAGGAUGUUCGCAGGGGCAAGAAACGGAAGAAGCUGAAGCCAGCUCAAGCCACUACCACGUUUCAUCUAAGUGAGGAUCCCGAGACUCAGGUGGCUGCUCUGGGACCCGACUCACUUAAUCCCAGCACCAGGCCAAGUUUGAUACCCAACUCACUUACCCUGCUGCCCAAGGACAAACGGGAAACUGAACGGGAGCCGAUCCUUUUGAAAGGAAGUUUCCUAACCGAUGAAGCGUUUCAGGCGCUUAAAACCGAUCUCGACGUGGAUCUUAUAGAAAACACAUUUGGGAGAUAUCUUAAUCGAGCACUUAGGGAAGCCAUUAAGUACAUGCCACCCAAGCCCAAAACUGUACCGAAAAUCAACGAAGAAAAAGUUCCCCCAGAAACCACAUCCAAGAUGCCACGAAAAUUCUCAAAAUCUGCAACGAGAUUUGAUGUACCCAUGGAUCUUUCUAUGCUUAAGAAUAUGACACCCUGGGACUAUUUGAGCAAGUUUGUCUGGGUUUCGCAACAGCGAAAACAGCUUUAUAAGCGUGUGUUUUUGAAAUAUCUAAGUCGAAUCGAGGAGCCAGAAAGUGAGUUGGCGGCCAUGGGAAAUGGAAAUGAUGAUCUGCCGGAAUACAAAUACAGGGAACGAACCCUCAUCUGGCAGAGUCUUCCGCAAGCUCUAGAGGAUGUCCUGGAGUUUCAUGGCACCGAGGAGAAUGUUCAAGGUACUCUCAGAAUGUUGGGCUACGAGGCCCAAGGAUCGGGGGACCUGGACUUUCGAGCCUGGUGCGGAAUCGUCUCAUUCGCCGAAAGAUUGGCGCUCGCCGAUGAGUCGGGAUCGGAAGAUUCGUGCGACGAGUUGGAAAAAGCUGACUUCAACAGCAUGGAACAGAUAAUGCCCGACUUUGCAGUGCCUGAAAAGCUCAGGGAAAUCUUUAACAUAAUACGAAAAACUCAUAAAACUAGGUAUUGAGUUGAACGUGAGGAAAAUUACAAAUGUUUCAUAAUU